GUAAAAUUGUAAUAUGCGUGGCUGGCAGGUUUAAGGAUGAGGUGAAAGGAGAGGCAGCAUACCUAGCUGGCGCGGAGGGGAUGAUCGUAAUAAACGAGCCUUCCCAAGGACACACUACUUUUUCUUCUGCUCAUGUUCUUCCGGCAUCAAAUAUAGACCACCCGGCAGUAUUAGAAAUUUUAGACUACUACUACAACAAUCAACCCAAUGCAUUUGCCAGCAUACGCUUCAAUGGCACCCAAUUUGGAUUUACUCCCUCCCCCACUGUUGCAUCUUUCUCCUCUCGCGGGCCAAGCCGCAUGAAUGGUGGGAUCAUCAAACCCGACGUGCUCGCCCCUGGAGUCAACAUUUUGGCCGCCUGGCAUACAGAUGUUGGCCCUAACCCAAAUCCAUUGGCGACCCACACCUUCAACUUUGACAGUGGAACCUCCAUGGCCGCACCACACGUAGCAGGGAUUGCAGCAUUGGUGAGGAGCAAACACCUUGGGUGGACCCCAGCGGAGAUCAUAUCAGCAAUUGUAACAACCUCGAAUGACUCAUGGACGGAUGCAGGAGAUCUCAUUGUCGAUGAUACCUCAUACAAAACUGCAGGGAUAUAUGCCACAGGGGCUGGUCAGGUGAACCCGACCAGGGCGGUGGACCCAGGUCUUGUGUUUGGGCUCACCUUAAACGACUAUAUUGGAUAUCUUUGUGGCCUUGGGUAUGAUGAUACGGAGGUUUCACUUACGAUCGGAAAACAAGCACGUUGCAAUAUGGUUAAGAAUCUAACCGCAUCAGAACUUAAUUACCCAUCAAUCGCGAUCAAUUUGACUAGAUCAACGAUGAGUCAAAUAGUGAACAGGACGGUGAAGAAUGUAGGGGAUGCAAGAGAGGACUACUCAGCUAAGAUUACCGAGCCCGUGGGGGUAGCAAUUUAUCUCUCAACUUAUAAGCUUCGAUUUACAAGGUUGAAUCAGGAG